GGAGGCACGAUGACUUCUCUCCAGGAUUCAAUCAGCUGAAGGAAACAACAAUACAGGAUGAGAACAACAAAGGUCUACAAACUCGUCAUCCACAAGAAGGGCUUUGGGGGCAGCGAUGAUGAGCUGGUGGUGAACCCGAAAGUAUUUCCUCACAUCAAGCUUGGCGACAUUGUGGAGAUUGCACACCCCAAUGAUGAGUACAGCCCUCUGCUCCUGCAGGUCAAGUCCCUUAAAGAAGAUUUACAGAAAGAAACUAUCAGUGUGGACCAAACAGUGACUCAAGUGUUCAGGCUUCGCCCUUACCAGGAUGUCUAUGUGAACGUGGUCGACCCCAAGGAUGUGACCCUUGACCUGGUGGAAUUAACCUUUAAGGAUCAGUAUAUUGGCCGUGGGGAUAUGUGGCGACUAAAGAAAAGUUUGGUCAGCACAUGUGCUUAUAUCACCCAGAAGGUAGAAUUUGCUGGUAUCAGGGCACAAGCUGGUGAGCUGUGGGUCAAGAAUGAGAAGGUCAUGUGUGGCUAUAUUAGUGAAGAUACCAGGGUGGUGUUUCGGUCUACGUCGGCGAUGGUUUACAUAUUUAUUCAGAUGAGCUGUGAAAUGUGGGAUUUUGAUAUUUAUGGAGAUUUAUAUUUUGAGAAAGCUGUGAACGGUUUCCUUGCUGAUCUCUUUACCAAAUGGAAGGAGAAGAACUGUAGUCAUGAAGUGACAGUGGUCCUAUUUUCUAGAACUUUCUAUGAUGCAAAAUCUACUGAUGAGUUCCCUGAAGUGAACCGAGCCUCCAUUCGACAGGAUCACAAGGGACGAUUCUAUGAAGACUUUUACAAAGUUGUCGUGCAGAAUGAGAGAAGAGAAGAGUGGACUUCACUUCUGGUGACCAUUAAAAAGCUCUUCAUCCAGUAUCCAGUGCUGGUGCGACUGGAACAGGCAGAGGGUUUUCCUCCAGGAGACAAUUCUACCUCAGCACAAGGAAACUACCUAGAGGCCAUCAAUCUGUCAUUCAAUGUGUUUGACAAACAUUACAUCAACCGCAACUUUGACCGUACGGGGCAGAUGUCUGUGGUGAUCACACCUGGGGUGGGCGUGUUUGAAGUGGACCGCUUACUCAUGAUCUUGACCAAGCAGCGGAUGAUAGAUAACGGAAUUGGUGUGGAUUUAGUGUGCAUGGGAGAGCAGCCCUUACACGCGGUCCCACUGUUCAAGCUCCAUAAUCGAAAUGCUCCUCGGGAUUCUCGUCUGGGUGAUGACUAUAAUAUUCCUCACUGGAUAAAUCACAGUUUUUACACAUCCAAAAGCCAGCUCUUCUGCAACAGUUUCACCCCACGAAUAAAACUGGCAGGAAAGAAGCCCGCCUCUGAGAAAGCAAAGAAUGGUCGUGAUACAUCCCUGGGGACUCCCAAAGAGUCCGAGAACACUCUUCCUAUCCAAGUAGAUUAUGAUGGCUACGAUGCUCAGGUGUUCCGGCUGCCAGGACCAUCCCGAGCGCAGCGCCUCGCCACCUGCAGGUCUGUGAGAGAGCGGGACAGCCACAGCCGGAAGAGUGCCAGCUUCUGUGAUGUCUCCUCCAGCCCGUCCCAGCCGAGCCGGGCGCUGCCCUCAGAGGAAGUGAGGAGCCAGGCCUCUGACGACAGCUCCCUGGGCAAGAGCGCCAACAUCCUGCUGAUUCCACAUCCCCACCUGCACCAGUAUGAAGUCAGCAGCUCCUUGGGCUACACCAGCACACGAGAUGUCCUGGAGAACAUGAUGGAGCCCCCGCAGCGAGACUCCAGCGCCCCAGGGAGGUUCCACGUAGGCAGCGCUGAGUCCAUGCUCCACGUCCGGCCAGGUGGAUACACGCCCCAGCGAGCGCUCAUCAACCCCUUCGCCCCCUCAAGAAUGCCCAUGAAGCUGACGUCCAACAGAAGGCGCUGGAUGCACACCUUCCCUGUGGGACCAUCCGGAGAGGCCAUCCAGAUCCAUCACCAGACCCGACAGAACAUGGCGGAACUGCAGGGCAGCGGGCAGAGGGACCCCACCCACUCCUCUGCAGAGCUGCUGGAGUUAGCCUAUCAUGAAGCUGCCGGAAGGCACAGCACUUCACGCCAACCUGGUGACGCCAUGUCCUUCUUGAACUUCAGUGGAACAGAAGCGCUUUUUGUCAGCCUGCUUGGCAACAGUGGUGCAGGUAUGAAUCCUCGGACCCAGAAUAAGGAUUCUCUAGAGGACAGUGUCUCUACCUCUCCAGAUCCAAUUCUGACGCUGUCUGCUCCCCCUGUAGUGCCAGGCUUCUGUUGCACAGUCGGCGUGGACUGGAAAUCUCUCACAACUCCCGCGUGCCUCCCCCUCACCACCGACUACUUCCCUGACCGCCAGGGCCUGCAGAACGAUUACACCGAAGGCUGCUAUGACCUCCUCCCGGAAACAGACAUUGACAGGAGGGACGAGGAGGGGGUGCAAAUGACAGCUCAGCAGGUGUUUGAAGAGUUCAUUUGCCAGCGGCUGAUGCAGGGCUACCAAAUCAUCGUGCAGCCCAAGGCACAGAAGCCCAGCCCCGCCAUCCCGCCCCCCCUGAGCAGCAGUCCGCUCUAUAGCAGAGGCCUGGUGUCCCGAAACCGCCCUGAGGAGGAAGACCAGUACUGGCUAAGUAUGGGCAGAACUUUCCACAAAGUGACCCUGAAGGAUAAAAUCAUCACAGUGACUCGAUACCUUCCCAAGUAUCCUUAUGAAUCUGCCCAGAUCCACUAUACGUACAGCCUCUGCCCGUCGCACUCGGAUUCAGAAUUCGUCUCGUGCUGGGUAGAGUUCUCUCAUGAACGGCUGGAGGAGUACAAGUGGAAUUACUUGGAUCAAUAUAUUUGUUCGGCUGGCUCUGAGGACUUCAGCUUAAUUGAGUCUCUGAAGUUCUGGAGGACCCGCUUCCUGCUGCUGCCAGCGUGUGUCACUGCCACCAAGCGGAUCACGGAAGGAGAAGCCCAUUGUGACAUUUAUGGGGACAGGCCCCGGGCAGACGAGGAGGAGUGGCAGCUUCUCGAUGGUUUUAUCCGAUUCGUAGAGGGCUUGAACCGGAUCCGCAGGCGGCAUCGCUCAGACCGCAUGAUGAGGAAAGGGGCCACCAUGAAAGGCCUGCAGAUAACCGGUCCCAUUUCCACACACUCCCUUGAGUCUGCUGGCCCUCCGGUUGGGAAGAAGGGAACCUCAGCUCUGUCUGCCCUGUUGGAAAUGGAAGCCAGUCAAAAGUGCCUCGGAGACCAGCAGUCAGCGGGACACGGUACAAAGAGCUCUGCCCAGCCUGCAGAAAGCUGCAGUGUUGCCAUGACCCCCACGUAUGUGGACAGCCCCCGAAAGGAUGGGGCCUUCUUUGUGGAGUUUGUCCGCAGUCCACGCACGGCAUCGUCCAACUUCUACCCACAGGUGUCUGUGGACCAGACGGGAGCUCCGGUCUUGGAUGGCACUAGCCUGGGAGUAAGCGUAGGCCAGUCCGUGGACAGAGGCAACAGCCAGGCUUUUGGAAACUCCCAGAACGCCGGGGAACAGGGCUUCCCCUCUGCGAACCCCAGUGACAGCAGCUUGCAGCAACUGGCCACUAGCACCCUGACAUCCUCCUCUACCCUCGUGGAGAUCUUGGAAGCCAUGAAGCACCCCUCGACCGGCGUCCAGCUGCUUUCUGAACAGAAGGGCCUCUCGCCGAGCUGCUUUAUCAGCGCCGAGGUGGUGCACUGGCUGGUGAACAAUGUGGAGGGCGUCCAGACUCAGGUGAUGGCCGUCGACAUCAUGCAGAAAAUGUUGGAAGAGCAGCUCAUCACACACGCAUCUGGAGAAGCUUUGCGGACCUUCAUCUAUGGCUUCUAUUUCUACAAGAUCGUAACAGACAAAGAGCCGGACCGAGUGACCAUGCAGCAGCCCGCCACCUGGCACACGACCGCCAAGGACGAGUUCACCAGCUUCCAGCGCAAGUGGUUCGAGGUGGCCUUUGUGGCCGAGGAACGUUUGCACUCAGAGAUCCCCGCCUUCCUCCUGCCCUGGCUGCCCAGCCGGCCGGCCUCCUACGCGAGCAGACACAGCUCCUUCAGCCGCAGCUUCGGAGGGCGGAGCCAGGCAGCUGCCCUUUUAGCUGCCACUGUCCCAGAGCAGAGGACGGUGACCCUGGAUGUCGACGUCAACAACCGCACGGACCGGCUGGAGUGGUGCAGCUGCUAUUACCACGGCAACUUCUCCCUGAACGCGGCCUUUGAGAUCAAGCUCCACUGGAUGGCGGUCACUGCUGCUGUGCUGUCUGAGAUGGUCCAAGGCUGGCAUCGAAAAGCUACCUCUUGCGGCUUUCUGUUGGUCCCGGUUUUGGAAGGUCCCUUUGCGCUGCCCAGCUACCUGUACGGCGAUCCGCUUCGCGCCCAGCUCUUCAUCCCUCUCAACAUGAGCUGCUUGCUGAAGGAGGGCAGUGAGCACCUGUUUGACAGCUUUGAACCAGAGACGUACUGGGACCGGAUGCACCUUUUCCAGGAAUCCAUUGCACACAGGUUUGGCUUUGUACAAGAUAAAUAUUCUGCCUCUGCAUUUAACUUUCCUGCUGAGAACAAGCCUCAGUACAUCCACGUCACAGGAACCGUCUUUCUGCAGCUGCCCUACUCCAAGCGUAAGUUCUCGGGGCAGCCCCGACGGCGGCGGAACUCCACCAGCUCCUCCAGCCAGAACAUGUUCUGUGAGGAGCGGGUGGGCUACAACUGGGCCUACAACACCAUGCUGACCAAGACGUGGCGCUCCAGCGCCACCGGGGAUGAGAAGUUCGCUGACCGGCUGCUGAAGGACUUCACGGACUUCUGUGUCAACAGAGACAACCGGCUGGUGAUGUUCUGGACCAGCUGCUUAGAGAAGAUGCACGCCAGUGCCCCCUGAAGGGGGCUGUGCGGGGGCCUGGAGCUGGGGGACCAGGGUGAGCCCUCACCCCAGACCCAGGCUGAGGGGUCCAG